CGCAACUGGAUUAUUGCACGACACGCUCUCUCCUUUUGUUUUUUGCCCUUGCUGCUCCCCUUGUCCUCCUCUUUCUCCAGCUUCUGUUCGUGUUCAAUUUUCCCCAAUCGCUGCCUGCGCGAUUCAAUGUCCAUUUCCAUAAACCCCCGCAUAUAACACGCGCUCCGCUCGGCCUCAAUUAGGCCAUAAUACACUACAUACACAAUGGGCCUCGAUGAGCAGCCUUAUGGCUACGGCUUUCCCUCCAAAUUGCCCGCGCACGCAGUGCAAAUGCCGCCGACGUGGAUGAUGAUCGUAGCGUUGGUAGGCUUGGGCGGGGCUCUAUUGUUCUGGUGUUACAUGGCAUUGGUCUUGUUCGCCCCCGUCCCUCGCGAACCCCGCCGCUCGGAAAAGCAGUACAUCACCGUCUUGCCCAACGGGGACCGCAGCGACCCCAAGGAGCUGCCGUGCUGGAUCGACAAGUGGACUGCAGAGAAAGAAGUCAGCAAGAGGCGGACAGGUGGCAAGCGGAGAGAAACACUAGCCAAGAUUGCGAUCGAGCAGCCGGAGCUGUUCAUGAGCGUCGUGGUGCCGGCCUACAACGAAGAGGAGCGGUUGACGGGCAUGCUGGAGGAGGCGGUGGAUUACUUACAGCAGGAGUAUGCUGGGAAAGGCUGGGAGAUUAUUCUUGUGAGCGACGGGUCGACGGACAAGACAGUGGACAAGGCCCUGCAGUUUGCGCGUGAGCACCAGCUCAGCAACCACAGGAAGUCCGUGUCUGGGCCGUGGAAGGAUCAUCUGAAGCACGAGCAGCGCAUUCCCGAGGGCAGCAUCCGCAUUGUGGAACUAGAAGCAAACCGCGGGAAAGGCGGUGCGGUCACGCAUGGAAUGAGGCAUGUAAGAGGCCAGUACGUCGUCUUCGCAGACGCCGAUGGUGCAUCGAGGUUCAGCGACUUGGGCAAGCUCGUUGAAGGGUGUCAGAAAGUCGAGGACGACAGAGGGCGCGGAGUGGCCAUCGGAAGCCGUGCACAUUUGGUAGGCAGUGAGGCUGUCGUAAAGCGCUCUAAACUCCGCAACUUCCUCAUGCACUCCUUCCACCUGCUCCUCCGCCUCAUGACGCCUCCCGCCACAGCAGCCAUCGCAGACACGCAGUGCGGUUUCAAGCUCUUCUCACGCCCCGCGCUCCCCUACAUCGUCCCAUACAUGCACAGCGAAGGCUGGAUCUUCGACGUCGAGAUGCUGAUGCUUGCGGAGAGCGGUAACAUACCCAUGGUUGAGGUGGCUAUUGGAUGGAAGGAGGUACUCGGGAGCAAGCUGAAUGUCAUUUGGGACAGCUUGGGCAUGGCCAUGGGAUUGGCUGUGCUGAGGGCGGCUUGGCUGACCGGUGUUUACAAGCGGGAUUGAUACCCUUGCCGGAGAUGAGGCGGCAACUCGUGUAUAGAUGGAGUGCGAUAUACCAUGAACAUACAUCACUUUUGUUUUCUGAAUUGCUUUUGGCAUGCUUCUCGCGACGAAACAUAUGCCUGACUAGAAUUCUUCACUUUGCGACGACCAUGGCAUAUCCGUCUCCGG